AUGGCUCUGGGACGGUGGAGCCGCCUGGCGGACUUGACGGAUGCCGGCCUCGUCCGUCCAGCGGCACGGUCGGAGCACAUCGGCACUUGGAACGAGGCAAGGCAGGUGCUGCUGAUCCAUGGCGGAAGCAACCUGGAAGGCGAUCUCUGGACCUUCGACGCCACAUCCGAUUCCUGGGCCCGCACAGUGACGGCCGAGGCGCCGGCAGCACGGACUUUGCAUGCUGCUGGCUGGGAUGCUGCCAACCAGGCUCUUUGGGUUCAUGGCGGCCACAACAGCCAAACAGCCACCUGGUAUCGAGACAUAUGGAGAUUUCACUCUGGCAUUUGGGUGCAAGUGUCCAAUGAUGCUGGACCCUCCGGAAGGCAGGCCCAUGUGGCCGUCUGGGUUCCAGGCACGUUUUCUCUUUGGGUGCAUGGUGGCUGGACCGGCACCAACCGCUUGUCAGAUUUGUGGAGCUACAACGAACAGGGUCACGGAUGGUGGGAGUUGGCGCCAAGUGGAGCGCCACCGGCACGAUCGCACCAUGUUGCCGUGUGGGAUGGGGUUGGCCAGGCACUUUGGAUGCACGGUGGCUUUGGCGACUCUCGCCUACUGGGGGACCUUUGGACUUUGGAUGCAUCCACCGGAAGUUGGAGCGAACGCUCAUAUGAUGGCGGUCCAAGUGCGAGGUCAGGCCACACCGCAGUAUGGGAUGAUGGAAGCCGCAUGCUUUGGCUGCAUGGCGGCAACGACGGCUUCCCCAAACAAGACCUUUGGAGAUACGAUUCGGGGCAGAACAUGUGGAGUCUGAUUUCAGCCGAGCACGCUGGUCCAUCGGGACGCUGGUCACACGUCGCGGCUUGGGGCAGUGGAAAUCAAGUCAUCUACAUCCACGGAGGGAUACUGGACAAGUACUUUGCAGCAUUUUUCCACCUGUUCCUUGUACAAUGGAACCCUCUGUGGAGACGUCUGGUCUUUUUCCGUCACUACUACCUCAACAACACACACUACAAGCUCUACAACCAAGUCAAGCAGCCAAACCUCAAGCUCCAGCAGCACAUCUCGAACGAGCAGCAGCUCGAGCAGCAGCUCCACGACAUCCACAACUGGAACUUCUGUUACGAGCACAUCAGCGACUUCCAGUUUGAGCAGCAGUAUCAGUACGACCUGCACUCAAACAUCCAGCACAUCCAGCACACAGACCCGAACCUCGAGAACUAG